AUGGAACCAUGGGGUGCUCAUCAUCGAGUCAUGUUUAUUGGUCAUGAGGAAGAUGGAACUCCUUCUGAUACUUCUAAGGGAGAUGAAUCAAAUGAUGAAGAAGAAAAACUUGUCAAAGCUGAACCUGUGUUUGUGCCAGAAAUUAAGAAAAGGAAACGCCUUAGCCUUAGUCAGCUUAAAGAGGUGAAAGAAGAGUCAUCUGGGAAGAAAUGCAUUAGCAAGCUUAAAAAAAAGAAGAAUGAAAGUAGGGACAGAUGGUCAGCUGAGAGGUAUCAGUUGGCUGAGCAAAACAUGUGGGAGGUGCUAAAGUCCGAAGGGGCCACAUUUGAAAACCCAAUAACCCGACCUGCACUAAGAUUGGCUGCCCGGAAACACAUUGGAGAUACUGGACUUUUAGACCACUUGCUGAAGCACAUUGAUGGUAAAGUGGCACCUGGAGGUACUGAGCGAUUCCGAAGAUGGUUCAACACCAAUGGAAUCAUGGAGUAUUGGCUAGAGAGUGCUGACUUGGAGAAGGUGCGCCAGGAGGCUGGGGUGCAGGACCCUUACUGGAUACCACCAUCUACGUUUAGGGCAGGCAGUACACCCUCUCAGAAUACUGAUUCAUCUAGUGAAUUGAAACAGCUUAAAACAGAAUUGGCACAAAUGAAGAAAGAUAUGUUUGAGCUCAUUUCUGUUAAGGAGGAGAAAAGUGAUAUUAAUAUGGAGGAUACAUACAAGGAUUUUGUGAAGUGGAAAGCUAUGACUGACCAUCGCCUGACUGAAAUUAUUACUUCUUUGAAGAGUGUGCAGGGGAGGUAUGGUGAAUUGAUGAUUUGGAAAACUAAAGUUGAGCAACAACUUGUGGAAAUAACUAAUAAAUUGAAUGAUCUUCAAGCAUCCAGGGAGUGUACAACUUUUAGUCCUCCUUCAGAGAGGUGGAAAGAUUGGAUUGAAAGCACCAACCUAGAUAAUAUUCAGGAAGAUGCAUUUGCAACUUGGAUUGGAAAUCCAGAGCUACUUAAUGUUCCCCAAGAGGUUAUACCUGAAGAUCCCAACACAGCCAUACCAACACAGCUACCCUAUGAAGAACUGACUAAGAAAAGUGAUGUGCUGGAGCUGGAACCUGUUAAACUAGAAGAUCAACCUAAUGUGACCCCCGAUUCUUCUACAACUGUUAAUUCAAAGUCAGACCUUGACAACUCAUUGAUUAUGUUUCAGGAAAUGUUUAUGGAUUUAUACAAAUGGAAAGAAAAAAUGGAACAGCAGCUGAUGGAGGUAUCAAAUACAGUAUAUGGCAUGCUGGCAUUGAAGUAG